AUGAUUAGAGGAGCAUCUUCAUCUACCAAUUCUAGCUUUAGUGGAUCUAAUGCACUCUCACAUGUUUACAUUCAAUACCCACCUCUAAGAUGCCAAGUUCCUGGAUCAAAAAGUUUGUUUUAUGAUGACGGGAAUAAACUGCUUCUCUCUUUGACAUCUAAUCAGGUUUUCUCAUGGAAAACUUUUCCAUAUAAUCUGAAUGUUGCUCCUUCAUCGGAUCCAAUAAGUGAAGGACCUGUGCUUUCUAUGCGAUAUUCGUUAGACCUCAAGCUUUUGGCUAUCCAGCGAUCUAGACAUGAGAUACAGAUCUGGAACAAAGAGACUGGAGAUGUUUAUAGUCAAAAGUGUAGGUCCGAGUCAGAAAGCAUUCUCGGUUUCUUUUGGACGGAUUGUCCUACCUGCGACAUUGUCUUUGUGAAAACCAGUGCCCUGGAGUUCUACACGUACAAUACUGAGGGCAGGUUCCUCCGUUUAGCCGAGACGAAAAAGUUGAACAUUAGUUGGUAUAUCUACACCCAUGAAAGCAGGUUGGUGCUUCUGGCCUCGGGAAUACAGUGCAAGAGUUUUACUGGUUAUCAGUUGUCAUCUUCUGGAAUAGUCCGCCUACCCAGGUUCGAGAUGGUGAUGGCCAAACGUGAGGGUAAUAACAGGCCCAUUCUUGCUGCCGAAGAUGUCCAUCUUAUCACUGUGUACGGUCGGAUUUAUUGCCUGCAGUUUGAUAGAGUUGCAAUGGUACUAAACUUGUAUAGGUUUUAUCGAGAUGCUGUUGGUUCUCUGCCAGCAUACUCCAAUAGAAUUGCAUUGAGUGUAGUUGAUAAUGUUUUGCUGGUUCAUCAAGUGGAAGCAAAGGUUGUCAUUAUAUACGACAUAUAUGAAGAUUCAAAAGCACCCAUCUCUGCUCCCCUUCCUUUAUUUCUGAGAGGUCUUUCAAAGUCCAACGAAGCAUCGACUCAAACUAACUGCAAAGAUGAUGGGGGUUCAGAUUUGAAAGAUCUAAGUGAUGCUGAAAUUACUAUCUAUGGAGAUCGGUGGAACUUUCUUGUUCCUGAUCUCGUAUGUGAUGUUUCAAAUGGGUUUUUGUGGAAAAUCAAUGUGGAUCUGGAGGCUGUUUCAGCCAGUAGCUCAGAAGUUUCACUGAUCCUUGAAUUUUUGCAAAGAAGGAAAUUAGAAGCAGACAAGGCAAAACAGCUAUGCUUGACUGUUGUUCGUACUAUUAUUUUGGAACGGAAGCCCAUUCCUGUUGUUUCCUCGGCAAUAAAUGCUCUACUCACAGCAUAUGCACAUGCAAUUAAAACAGGCAGUUAUUACAAGAGGAUUAUAGCCGAGGAAGCUUCUCCAUCCGUUGCUUCUAACCCAAGCAGGCCCAGUGAAGAACCUGGCAGCAGCAAUGAGAAUGAACCUAUUAACAGAUAUAAUUUUCCGAACUCGGAUUCCAAUGGUAGUUUAAGUUUGGACUCCCAUAAUCUUGAUCCUUUUUCUAUUGGUCAAAUAGAAAGUCCUAAUGACCAGUUGAACCCAAAUGCUUCUGGGCGGCAACAAACUCAAGUGACUUGUUCGGCGGCUACUUCACCCGAGGACUUUUACACAUCUGUUUUCGCUCUAGUUGAGGAGGAGAUGGCAGGGGACGGGUCAUACUUGACUGCUAUCAUUGUCGAAUUUUUUCGGAGUGCGAGCUUGGAAAAGUUGAAGGUGCAUCCUAAUACCUAUGUCCUCAUGGUACAGAUACUUACGCGGGAUGAGAGAUAUGCCGAACUCGGAUUAUUUGUAAUGAACAAGAUUAUUGAGCAUUCAAAGGAAGUAGCGCUGCAACUACUGGAGUCUGGCCGCCAGAACAUUGAGAUAAGAAAGUUAGGUCUGGAUAUGCUGAGAGAGCUCUCGUUACAUCAUGACUAUAUUUUAUUGCUUGUGCAAGAUGGAUAUUAUCUUGAAGCCCUUCGUUAUGCUCGGAAGAAUAAGGUGAACACAGUCCGGCCCUCAUUGUUUCUUGAAGCGGCUUACUCGUCUAAGGACCCACAACGUAUAGCUGCUGUUUUGAGAUUCUUUUGUGAUUUCAUUCCGGGCUUCAAGAGCACUUCCGAUCACCAGACUUACCAUCGUCUUGUAGCUGAGAUGAAUUCAUGA